CUUUCAGGGCAUUCUUCCUGUUACAAACCUUUGGUUCUAAGAGGCACCACUUUUACCACUUCACCAGGGAAAUCGCUAACACUCAAUUGCCCAGUGAAUCAAUGUGGUGAGAAUCUGAAUGUGUCUUGGGUCAAGGUAAACGGAACAGAAAGCUUCCGCCUUCGGGAUGGACUUCGGGAGACUAGAUCAUGGGAUAAAGAGAAGAACUUAACCAUGUUCAGCCUGCAUUUUGACCCUGUGCUUGAAGGCGAUAGUGGCUCAUAUCUGUGUACUGUUGGCUUUACAAAAAAGUCUCUGUCUUCCAGCCACAUCAUAAAUAUCAAUGUAACAAGUGAGUAUCAGGUGGAAAGCCCAGACAUCUAUGUAACAAAUUCAACUGAAGCCCCAUUGGAACAGAGACCUGAGAAAGAAACUAGACCAUGGCUCCUUUACAUGCUUCCUUCAAUGGGGCUGCUGUGUAUACUUAUCUUUACUUGUCUUGGUCUGUUCUUCUGGCAGAGGAAGAAGCAAGCAAAACAAAAGAAGCAUCCUGAUGCCUUAGGAAGGGGAACUAACCAGGUUACUUCCCACCAGCCCUUUGGGUUCAACCAAGCUGAAGAGGGCACAAUAGAUAACUCCAUUCUACCUACACCUCUGUCUUUGUCAUCUGAAACUGUAAUUUAUAAUAAUGAUGCAUGGCCUAAGGUCCAGAUGGGGCCCAAAGUAAUUUAUUCUAACCAAGGCUCAGAGGAAAAUCAGCCUGUUAUUGUUUAUGCUUCUCUGAACCAUUCUGCCAAUGGAAUGAACUUCUUAAGGAGAGCAGAACAUAGGACAGAGCAACCUACAGAAUAUGCAUCCAUAUGUGUAAGGAAAUAAAUUUGCAUCUGGUUGCUCUUUCUUUCCCAUGGGAGAGGCUGCCUAACUUUUCAUUAACCAACUGUCUAUUGGGCAACCCAUCCAUGGGAUGUCAUUCUUUGACCUUAAACACUUCAAUGAAAUUGAUGUUCAUCCUUUGCUGGGUUUCAAGAGUCCACAUGGAGAAUACGGAACACCUCUGGAGAUUCACUGGAAAUUUCAUAGUCUCUGAUCAACCAAACUUCUUCACCUGAAAUGGAGAUCUAGACCACAGCCAGCCUUCAUACUUGGAUGGGAAAAAAAGAGAACCUUGACAUGUUUUUACCUUGUUAAAUAUUACCCAAGAGAUGUGACUGAUAAGUUAUGUUCUUUGGAGAUUUUCAUCAAGAAAUUGAGGGAAGAAAAUGAACUUUUGUUUUCAGGUUCAGUUCACUACACCCUACUUAAACAGGAGGAAUGGAAACUCCAGCUACUAACUCAGAAACAUAAUAAUGAUAGGACAUUUCAUUCCAGUAAACCUGUAAUGAUAGGUCAUUUGGUGGCAUCCCCUCAAACCUCUCCAAAAUAGAGAUUAUGGGCAAGAGCUAAAAUAAUUUCAGAUGUCACCACGGUCUAGACAGAGGUAUUCAAACUAUGGCUCAUUGACCAAAUCCAGGCAACUGCUUGUCGUUUUUUUGUACAGCCUCAGAGCUAAGAAUGUUGUGUUUUUUAACAUUAAAAAAGUUGCAGGAUUCAAACGCAGGCCUUCCUGACUCCUAAUACAAAACUCUAUACACUGCACCACCUAGGUGUCCCUUAUAUGAGUUCAUUAAUAUGUAAAACCAUACAAAUGCUUUUUCUUUUAUAGGUACUCUAUAACAAAGUGAUUAAUUUUAGGGAAGGGAUAGGAGGUAGGAAGUGUAGGGGGAAAGUCAAGGAGUAGGAACUGAAAGCAGGUGUGAGUAUAGAAAGAGUUAGUUCCUCAAACUUUUCCACAGGUCCCAGGGAGAGCUGGGCAGUUGUGACAGUCAGGGAAAGGCAUUGCUGCAGUCGUGUCUGUGGGGUCAUCGAGGACCCUGAUCUUCACCCUUCAUUGAAAGCCAUCGAGCUGAGCUCCACAGUGUGUGUGUGUGUGUGUGUGUGUGUGUGUGUGUGUGUGUGUUUGUGAUCAGCUGUCAGAUUGAUUUUCCUGAAGCACAAGUCUGACCAUGACAACUCCCUACUCAAUAAACUUCAAUGGCUCCCUAUCACCUCCAGGAUCAAAUUCUCUGUUUGGUGUUCAAAAGUUCUUCCUAACCUGCCCCUCCUUCCUCAACCUUGCCAGUCUUCUUACACCUUACAGCUCUUCCCACCCAAGUACUAUUUGAUCUGGUGACACUGGCUUCCUUGCUGCUCACUAAGCUCCACCUCCCGACUCAGGAUGUUCUGCCAUUUUCGCUGAGUGUCCACUAUCACAGGAAGGCACUCUUUCUUCAGCUCCACCCCUACAGCUUCCCUGACUUCCUUCAAGCCCCAG